AUGAACAAUCAAGAAUUUACAAAACCAAGUUCAAAGAUUUCAGAUCAUACUAAACCAAGUUCUGAAUGGACUAUUCCAUUGCCCAGUAACAAAAAUAAAGAGAAUAAAUGUGAAUUAGUAGCUGCAUUGAGAAAAAAUAUUGGAGAAGAAAUACAAAAAGAAGUAAAAG